AUGCUGGGACCCUUGGCCUUGCCUGGGUUCGGCCGAUGGUUGAGUUCUGGCACGCCAGUCCUAGCGUACGCGGUCCUGCUGGGAGAGUCGCACCAUCACCGCAUCCUCUCGUUUGUGCCCGUCUGGGCAAUGUUCGCUGCUGUCACCCUCACGUAUGCCGUGUGCUCGACAUCCUGGCUCCUGUACCUGGUCUUUACCGGGCUCUGCUGGCCGACCAUACUGGUCACAUGCCUACGUCAAUUCGACGCGCCCGGCAGGCUUGCUCGACGCCUGCUGAGAAAGGUCUUUUUGCGGAAUCUGCAUUUCAUCAAUGACCAGAUUGGUCUGUUCAACAUCCCCGCCCUGGAAAUCGAUACCGAGGUCAAGGGCCUCUUUGUGGUGCGCGCAAUCACUUUAUCCAUCUCCACGAUGACGCUCGUUGCCCAUGGAGUCGAAGCUGGCAUCAAGCUCUCGGACGAGAUCGAGCUGGCUAUCCAGACGGACAAGGUUGUCGUCCGGCUCUUCCGCGACAUCCACGUCGACGAUGUGUACGCCAACGUCAAGGGCGGUGACUGGGAAGUCACCUUUGGAGACCUCGCUUACGGCAAGUCGGAGCCGUCAGGCGAUCCAGACGACUUCAUCGCCAGGGACACGGCCAUAUUGAGAGCAGCAACCACCGCCCUCGACGGCACCUUCUCCCGGCCCAAGCGCGCGUCCACCAUGGUCCGUACCAUGACUGCCGACAGGCAGCCGGUAGAAGCCCAAGACCAGAGCUCUGCCUUUUCCAGCGUAAAGACUCUGUCCUCAAAUGAGACGCUUGCAAACAGGGAGCACGAGGAGAUGAUUGAGAUGAUCUACGAGACAAGCCUCAUCACCCAGGCAAAAGAGUCGCUGCGCAAGGCUGUCAAACAGGACGACGAGACACCAGGCAAGCUUGAUCUGGACAACAUGAACGAUAUGCGAGCCGCCGUGUGCGCGCAUAUACACAACAGUCCCUCUAUACCUCAUCCCCCAACCACAUCCAUCCGAGUGUCCACGCUCAGCAAGACCAGCUACCCUCGCGUCAAGGAGUUCCUGCACCGCCUGCCGCUGCUCUACCGCUUGAUGCUCAGCCCGUUGUGCUACCUGCACCACACCAAGCUCCAGUCUGUGACCGUCGCCGGGUCGGGCAAGUGGCUCGUCGUCCUGAUGCGCAAGUACCUCUUCAAGCACUACAGCAGCAGGGACUCGGAGAUCCGCAAGCUCGAGGAGCGCAUAUCCGCAUGGUACGAGGACGCCACCUUUGCCCUCGAGCUGGGCCCGGUCUCCGGCGAGGCUUCCUUCCCCGUCAGCACAAAGUACGACAUCCAGUGCCACCUGAAGGUCUCGGACGUCCUCGCGUACCGCGUUCUCCCCGCGGCCACGCAGCUAGAGCAGGUCGUCCGGCUGGGCGGCGGAGACGCCCUGCUCACCAUCCCGACGUUCCUGUUCCCGCACCAUGAGCACAUAUUCCCGCCCAUGGCUACAGAGUACGAGCUGCUGGAGCUGGAGGCACGCGUCAAGCAGAUGGAAGAAGAGGGCACGCCCGAGGCGGCCAAGGCCCGCAGGGAACUGCGGCAGCGCAGGAAGGACCAGGCGAAUAUGCGCAUCAGCGCGCACGCCCACCUCCCGGCGCGGUUUCAUCAGCAUCUCCUGAACUUUGUCGCCGCGCUCGUGAAAGCGACAAAGCUCAUCGAGAGAGACAACGCGUUCGAGGAGGCCAAGAUCACCUCUCUGCACCACGAGGUUGAGAGCCUGUCCUCGACCGGCACGGCUGGAAGCGGAGACACCGCAGAUACUACCAUGACUGCCAAGUCGAACAACUCUGGCUUCCGGGAUUUCAUGAAAAAGGUCGACACGGGCCUCAAGACCACGUCCGUCAAGACCGUCGAGGGGAUGCGCAAGGCGGGCUUCAGCACCCUGUCCGCCAUGGCCAACGACCGCUGGAUAGCCGCGCUGGUGGGCAAGGUGACCAGGAAGUUGGAGAGCGCGCAGGGGGAGGUCGGAUAUAGUUUUGAUGUGCCCAUCUCGUUGGACGAAGCGCGCAGCAAGCAUGAAUCCCCGUCAAAGCUUCUUCCAUAA